CUGCCGAGGGCUGAGGCCGAGGCUGUCGCGGCGCUCCCCCCUCUCUUCCACGGCCUCCGUACAUAACCUGCGCAGCGCCCCUGCAGCGAUGCCCGGCGCGAUGUCCAAGGCGCUGGCCCUGCUGGCCGCCCCGCUGUCCGCGGUGGCCCUCCAGGCGGUGGGCAACGGCGAGGACGGCGGCGCUCGCGACGCCGACGCCAUGGUCUCGAAGCUGCUCGAGGACGACCUGUUCAUGCCGGUCCGCAAGUACAAGGGCAAGGCCCAGACCGUCUCCGAGGACUGCAGCAGCUGGGUCGGCGAGGGGCUGCACUGCGAGACCGAGUACCCAGAGCACGCCCUCGUGCGCGACUGGAUCCCCGCGGACGCCGUGGUCAUGGAGUUCGGCGCGCGCUUCGGCACCACCAGCUGCGAGAUCGCGCGCAAGCUCAACAACAGCGGCAACGUGGUGGUUGUGGAGCCCGACCUGAACGUCUGGGAGGACCUCGAGGCGAAUCUGAAGUCCCACGAGUGCAACGCCCACGUGCUCCGUGGCGCCGUGAGCGCAGUGGACUUGCACAUGUCGCCGAAGCUGAACGUGAAGCGCGGCUACUCCACCAGGGCGCUGCAGAAGGGCGGCGUGUUGGUGCCCGGCUUCCGGUUCUCGGAGGUGGAGGCCGCCAUUGGCAAGAAGGUGGACACUUUGUUGAUCGAUUGCGAGGGUUGUGCCCAGGACAUGAUGGACCAGCUCGGCCCCGCCAUCGAGAGCGGGCAGAUCAAGCUGCUGCUCAUCGAGGGCGACAUGCCGGUGGGGGCCAAGGACUGCCACUCUCACUGCAUGGACUACGACAAGUUCUUCGACUACCUCGCCUUGCACGGCUUCGAGCAGAUCGACAAGUUCAACGACUGCGACCGUGCGCGUACGGGUGCUCCUGCGGGCAAGUGGUGCGGGAGCUGGAUCGACCACUUCGCCUUCCGCCGCACCAAGUGA